AUUAAAUAGGACACACAAAUAUUGGCCAUUUACGACAGUACAAGGGAUUUCAUCACGAUAGCUUGUUUCAAGAUUGAUUUGGAAAUUAGAAUUAGACUGUGUCAUUAACGAGGACGCUGUAGUAUAAACUUGUUUUGUACUGAAUGAACAACAGAAUCAAAGAUGUGAUGCUCUGUGUCCUUCAUUAGUUGACAUUGAUCAAAAUGUUCGACGUAAUUACAAGACAACCAUGUCCGCAGAAAAGAAAAAAGUGUCCGAAAGCGAUGUAUUCCCGAGGCCAGGGAAAGGAUCAGGUUUUUUGCAGACUGUUUCUGGAACGUUAGUUUCUGUCGAGUUGCUCACUGAUAUGAGAUCAUCUAGGGCUCGAAGAUCAACGAGACGUGUCAUCCUUAAAGCCAGCAUUACUUCAGUUAUUCUGCUGUCGAUAGCAUUCAUUAUUACGUACAGCGUCAUUUUGACGUACAUCAGUAGUAAAGUGCCUCUGAUGAGACAUCAUGAUGACUCGUCAUCGGGCGAUAAAUCAAAAUCCGGUAAACGAUCUAAACUUUUAGCUCGGCCUGUUGGAAGAUUAGAUCGUGAUCGUUUGUUAAAAUUGACAAAAGAUGUAGUUGUGAAGUGGAAUAUAGGAGAUUACGAAGACAUUUAUACGGAAAAACCCAAAUGCCACAAAGAAAGCAAGAUCAUCAUUCUUAUUACCUCAGCCCCUCAGAAUUAUGAGCGUCGGAAAUCUAUACGAGAAACUUGGUGCCGGCCAUCAAAUUUUAAUCUUGCCUCAAUUCCAUGGCAGUGUGUGUUUUUAAUAGGGCAAAGCUCUGUGCAUUUAUCAAACAUUAUUUUAGAUAAUGAAAUAAAUGACUAUCAUGAUAUUCUUUUAGGCAGCUAUGUAGACUCUUAUAGGAAUCUCACAAUUAAAACUAUGCAUGGAUUAGAGUGGGUCCGACGGACUUGUCCGAGUGAUUUUGUGUUAAAAACAGACGAUGAUGUUUAUGUCAAUACUAAAUUAUUGCACAAAUUAACUAGUAAUACUCCGAAAAAUAAUACUUACAUUGGAUUAGUUACACAGUCUGAAGACAGACUAAAAGUUAUACGUGACCCGAUCAGUAAGUGGUUUGUGUCAAUGGAACAAUAUCCGAUGUCUCAUUAUCCUCCUUACGCAGUUGGAAUGGGAUAUCUUCUAUCUAUAGAUCUUGUUGAAAAGUUCAUAAAUACAAGUAAACACAUUCUGCCAUUUGCAAAUGAGGAUGCGUAUGUAGGCGUAUUAGCAGAUUACGCUAACGUUGAGCCAUUCAGAAGUGGACGUUUUACGUUAAGCGGCUGGGGUUUACGAAUGUGUAAUUAUAUAUACCUUGUUGUUGUACAUCACGUUAGUGCAGAAGAUCAGUAUAAAAUGUUCGAUACAAAUCAAGAAGCAUUCCAGAUGUGCAAAGACGAUGCUAAUUUGGAAACGUUCACCUGGGUAUAACAGUAACUUGAUGGUUUCAAGCUGUUUUUGUGAUAUUUGCCAGCCCUUGUUUUCCAAAGAAUCAGCUUCCCUAUAGUGUCAAGCAUUCCAGUGCCCCAGUUCUGAGGACAAGGGAGGCUACUCUUACAGAUUUCUACCUUUUGUGAAGCUGACAAUAGAAGAAACCAGUCAAGCUUCAUGCUAGUCAGCAGACAUGUUCAAAAGAUGUCAAAAAUUCAGGACAGAUCAUGGGGGAAAAAAACUGUAAUCCCAAUAAUGUGCUAGUACUUGAACUUGAAAAAAAUCAGUUUGACUUAAGCAUGCAUCAUUGCAAUAAUGUGAAUAGGAAAAAAAAACAUUGCAGGAUUUUUGGAAACAAAGUUUUGAUGCAAUAGAAAUUUAGAUUUACACAGAUUUUGCCAAAGAUUUGAUUUGCUCUACAAGAUGAAAGAAUUUGAUAAUCAAAAGUAGAAAAUUAUUUUUCUCAUUUGAAGUGUCAAACUUGUCAAGUUUAUUAAUUUAUUCCAUUGCUCAUUAUCUAUUAAAAUUUUAUCAUCAAUACUGCCAGUUUAUACAGCCUUCAAAAAUACCUUUAAAAUAUGUGGACUUUAUACAGUUAAUAAUCUGAAAAAAAUCAUUUGUCAUUCACUGAUUUCCCUGUUUGUUUUUAUAAAGUGGAAUUAUUUGCCAGGAAAAAAUAAACCAUUAAAUCUUAGGAAGGUUUAUACUGCUGUGCAUCAUGAUUAACCUAAAACUAAAAACUGCUUUUAUGUUUUGGAAGUUCAGUUGUUUGUCAGAUCUCAGCUUUUUGGUCAUUUUAUGUUACUGUAAAUUAUAACAUGUAGAUACAUGUAUGUAUCAUAAACAUUUUACAAACGAAGACACUGCAUUAGAAGAAGUAGAUUUUUGUUUAUAAGGAAGUUAGUGUACCUUUUUUUUCUUUGUUUAUCUAAUUUUUGUUAGCCAUUUUGUGUUCAUUUAAAUAUAAAUGUAGCUAGAUGUUGAUGCAUGUGUUAAGACAAUUUUUGUACGAACCUGCUGGUUACUGGUUCAGAUUUGUGUAAAAUAAGAAUUUAUUAUAAAUUA